GAGAAGGGGUCACCCACCCGGGAGGUGGGGGGGGGGGAGGUCUGCGGAGGGAGCGACUCCCUCCACACACGUCUUUCCUAUGUUAGCCUGGUUAGAGGUGCAAAGGUCCGAGUAGAGGGGAAAGAGAAGCUCGGGGUGGUCUGGGCUCCGGGUCUAGGUGAGGACGGCGGCCAAGGGCAUGUAGGGAAGGGCCUCUCCACUGGCGUUGUCUGAGGAGAUGGAUGUCCCUGAGAAGCCAGGUCAUGAAAUUCUUCCCAGGAAGGACUGGAGGAGGGUAUGUUCAGGAGUCUUGGUUCUCUCUGGGGAGGACACGGGCCCCUUAGGGAUUUGUCCCUCCAGGAUGUUGAUCAGGUAGGGGUCUGAAGGAAGCCGAGCCGUAUUUGGGACCCUCUUGGGGGUCCUGUCCUUGGUUUGCCUCACUCCCUCCCUCUCUUGGGGAUGCUUAGAGCCCAAAGUGGGGCAUCUACUGAAAAGUAGGGUGAUCUCCCCGCUACCACCCACUCCUUAUUGGGUAGGAGAAACUGCCGGGUACCUUUAGCCAUCAUCUUCCUCCUUUUCCUCUCUCCCCUCUACUUCCUCCUCCCCUUCCCCUCCACCCUGAAACAGGUAAGCUUCCCUUACUUUGCCUACUACCUUUACUCUCAAGAGCUGCAGAAGAGAAGUUUCUUGCCUCAUUCUGUGGCAUCUAGAAUCAGGAGAACCCUGCAGGCUUGGCCUGGGAGCCAUGGUGACUUGGAACAAAGAAGUAUUCUUGGAUUAGAGUCCUGAUCCAGGGGGAGCCAUCGGAGUGCAUGCACUCAGGGCAAAUGGAAGCAGCAGUGAUUUAAGCCUCUGGAGAUGUCUCAGCAGGCUGACCUCCCGGCUCUCUCCCCCUCUAGCCUCCAUGGCAGCUCAAGCUCCAAGCCCCAGCUCACCCCUCCGGCGGGAGGACCUCCUGAGUGAUGCAGCAGGUCCCCCUGGGCGGAGCCAAGGGACGUUCUCAGAGGUGACCUCUCAGCUUUAUGCUUCUUUGCGGCAAAGCCGAAAGGCAGAGGCCACUGCCAGGACCAGUCUCUACCUGGCCUCCAACUCUCCACCCCCUACCGAGGAACUUGAAGGCCUAGCCCAAGAGCUGAGCCGAAGCUUGUCAACUGGGGUGGAGACCAGUUCACAGAGAAAGGGAGGCUCUCAGCAUAUCUUGGAGAUGGAAAGUGUACGGGGUCACCUCCAAAGCAUGCUCCAAGCUUCUCGGGACACUGUUCCUCCCCUUCGAUUCCUCUGGCUGCUUGCAGGGGAUAACCUUGUUCCAGGUACUGUCCCAGAGAGGAGAGAAGAGGACUCUUUUGAUAGUGACAGCACAGCUACCCUGCUGAAUACCCGGCCCCUCCAAGAGCUAUCUCCACCCAGUUCAGUUCCAGCCCUGGAGGAGUUGUUCCCUCGAUAUACUAGUAUCCGACCUGGAACUCCUCACUACUUCCCUGAUCUGCAGGGACUAAAAGAUGCCUUGGACACAGAACAUACCCGCCGUAGGCACUGUGAACGUCACAUCCAGAAUUUACAGACCCGUGUGUUAGAACUGCAGCAGCAGUUAGCUGUUGCCGUGGCUGCAGACCGAAAGAAAGAUCUUAUGAUUGAGCAACUGGACAAGACCUUGGCCCGAGUGGUAGAGGGCUGGAACCGACAUGAGGCUGAGCGGACAGAAGUCCUUCGGGGGCUGCAAGAGGAGCAAAAGGCUGCUGAGCUUACUCGAAGCCAACAGCAAGAGACUAUAGCUCGCCUAGAACAGAGUCUAAAGCAGACCAAGGAGGCCCUGAGUAGGGAGCGGGAAGGGGCUGACCAACAGCAACAAGAGCAAGAGACAUUGAAAGAAGCACGACAAGCUUUGGCUCAUAGCUUAGAGCGGGAACAGCAGCGGUGUCGGACUCUACAGGAGGAACGGGAUGAGGCACGGACAGAGCAGCUGAAUCAGCAUAGAGAGCUAGAAGCACUCCAGGCUGCCUUGGAAGAAAAGCACCAGGCAUGGACCCAGCGUGAACGCCAGCUGGAAGAGCGCUGUAAGAGUCUACAAGAGGAGGGCCGGAUCCAAUUGGAGAGGGAGCAGGCAAACUCCCAGCGGGAGGUACAAGCAGCCCGAGAAGCUCAGCAGCUCCUGGCCACUGUUCAGUCUGAUGUGCGGAGGCUAGAAGAGGAAUUGGACACAGCUCGGAGAGAAAGAGAUGCCCUGCAGCUGGAAACCAGCCUGGUGCAGGCCCGGUUUGAAGCCCAGCGAGUACAGAUGGAGUCAGAGCUUGCUAUUUUGCUAGAGCAAAGAGUAACUGAGCAACUAGCCCAGGUUCAAGAGAGCAGCCUUCGCCAAGUGAGCAAUCUUCGGGAACAACACAGGAAGCAGUUACAGGAGUUGACUGAACAGCAUCAGCAGGAACUGUCCGGUCAGUUGGAUCAGUUCCAGGCGGAGUUAUCAGAACGAGAAGAUCGGCAUCAGCAGGUGGCUCAAGACUAUGAGCUCAGAUUGGCUCAUGAGCAGGCCCGGGUACAGGAAUCACGGAUGGCACACCGCCAACUAGAAGAGCAGCGGGUAGAACUGGUAGAGAGAUUCCAGUCCAUGCUUCGGGCUCACUGGGAUGAGGCACACCAACUGCUCAGCGCUACAGCCCCUUGUCAGGUCCCUCCCCCUGGUACUCCCAGCUCCUUGGUUUCUGGACCCAGAGAACCAGAGAAAGAGGAGAGGAGGGCUUGGAGUAUGCCCCCUGCAGCAGUGGCUCUGAAGCCGGUAUUGCAACAGAACCGGGAGCCAAGGGAGGAGCUGCCUGGAGACCUUACCCACCCUUGUACCCCCUCCCCUGAUCUCAGCCUUCUGCUGGGCCCUAAUUUCCAGAGCCAGCAUAGCUUUCAGCCUUUGGAACCUAAACCUGAUCUUACUCCACCCUCAGGUGGAUGGCAUUUAUGGCCCCUGCCACCAACUCAUUUUUUCCCCUCAGCAGCUGGGGGCUUUCCUCCUGAGCACCGAGCUGAACGGCCAUUCCCUGAGGCUCUUGGAGCCAGAGGAGAAGGGCCCCUGGAGCAAGGCUUGCCCCCUCCACAGUUGGAAAAGCUGAAGCACUAUCUGCACCAGUUCUUGGAACCAGUGCCUCAGAGCUCUGUGAGUUCCACCAUUGAUCUGCUGCCCCCUAAACCUGGUCUCCUAACAGUCUCCCCUUGGGAGGAAGCCCCUCCACUACCACGGCCCCCACCUCCUGUCCACAAAACUAAAGUAUCACUGGCCAAGGCAUCCUGUCUUUUCCGGGUACCUGAGACCCUUCCAACUCCUCCACAAAGCUGCAGCCAUGAAGGUUGCUCCCCCGAGAGAGGUGGAGAAGGGAGACCAAUAUCCCCCCGGCAACUGGCAGAGCUGUCCCGGCUGCUUCGACAAUACCAGGCCCGAGGCAAUGGAGGCCCAUCUACUGAGGAUCUUUUACUGUACUUAAGGGGGUCGGAGCAUAGUGGAGUUGAAGGGCGAGGGGAUGGCAUCCCCAGAAGGAAUAUAGACACACGCUUGGGCGAGGUUCUCCGGAAAGAGCUUCCUUCUCAGGCCUCCUCCCGUCGCUCUACCAGUACUCACAAGGCUGAGAAACCAGUGGGCAGGAAGAAAAGUGGCCAUCCUGCACCAGGCAGUGCUAGGAGUCGAAGUGGAAUCUGGAGAUAGUUCCUGUAUUCUAACCCCAGCCCCUUAACAUUUUUUAAAAAAUAGGUUUUAUUAAAUAAAAAUGGGUUGGUUAUAUCUGAAUCUUUGGAGAAUUGGGAAAAUGGGUAGAUUAAGUAUACUCUGAAAAGGACCACAGUCCCUAUAUAAGAGAUCUGUCUUUGUCAGUGUAAGGCUGGGACCCUGUUCAGGUUUGAUGUUGCAACAAAAUGAGACAUGCAGGUCGUCCAGUAGUUGACAGAAGGUUUACUUAGGCAUCGCAUUGAAGGGAUGGAUACUCCAGCACUUUGCUUGGUUAGGCAGAGCCUGCCUUGCCCUGCCUCAUCAGCCAGGCAGGGUGUGGUGAUUUCCCUACCUACUGUGAAGGGCCUCAUCUCCUUGUGGGUGGGCCUUAGGUGAUCAGAAGCUACUUUAAUAUGACCUGAGGCUGCUAGGCAGCUGCUCUGAGGGAGAUGUAGGUUAAGCCUUAGCCGGCUGGGCCAAUUGGAUCCCAGGGACAGCUUCACAGCCUAUCAGAGGAAAAAACCCAAGGUCUUUGUCAGGCAAGGGUGGGGUUUAGGACAUUGUUCCCAUAAGGAGAGAACUGUUUUUAAGAGUGUUAGUGGAGCUUCAGGCUUAUUUAGCAUACAAAGCAUUUUGUAUGCAGUUUAAACAUAAUGGAAAAGAAGGUUUUCUCCAUUGGAGGAAAAAAUAAUUUCUGAUUAAAAAAAAAAAAGAAUCUUAAAUAUUCAUUGUAGCAUCUAUAACUAGCAUGGGGGCAAGUGGGGCUUGCACCAGGAUGACAAAAUUGAGACUGUGUUAACAGCAUUUUUCUUUAUGCAACUCAGAAUUGAGUUUAGCAGCCAGAUGGCUGGCAGUCUAAAAUGUCUAGAGUUCAGGAUUUGAAAUAAGGAACACCUGAUGUAAUCCCACUCUGAUCCUUAUUCUGUGACCUUGGGCAAGUCAGUUACUUAAUCUCUCAUCCUCAGGGUCCUCAGUAAAAUGCCGAAUAAUACCUGUAGUACCUCUCUGGGUGGUUGUGAGGCUCAAAUAAGCUAAAGUAUUUUGCAAAUCAUAAAGUGCAACAAACCAGUCCUCGCUCUCAAGGACCUUUCCUUCCCUUCUUCUGGAAAGAUCCUUGAGGGCAAAGACUCGUUUGUUACUCUACCCGCAAUGCCCAGCACAAUUUCUACCUGAUACACAGUAGGUGCUUUAUAAAUGCUAAGUGACUGCCUGCCAAGUCCUCAGCCUGCUCAAUCCCUUCACCCCUGUCAGCAGCCCUGGGUCCCCCUUGUUUCCCCAGUUGCCUCAAGUGCUAAAGUUGCCAGUUACAGCUCUGUUAACUGAUGUUCAUAUUGCACUUAA